ACUUUGUGGAUAACAAUGUCGUCGAGCCGAAGAUCAUUAGCAUCACGGUGUGCCCGUGAAGAAGAGAUUAGUGAACUAAUCUUCAAACUACAAUCAUUGCUACCGGAGAGAAGUCGUAGGCAUUUGAGGAGGGUCUCAAAAGACGAAGUUCUGGAAGAAGUAUGCAGUUACAUCAGGAAACUUCACAAAGAAGUAGAAGAUACGAGCAAAACAGUUUAUCAGCUGCUAGUGUCUGCAGACCACAAUACUAUUAUUGAUGCAGAUGUUCUAAGAACCCUCUUGCAGGAAUAGUCCCUGUCUCUCCUUCCCUCUUC